AUGCUUCAACAACCAACACAGGAUGACGAAAAUUCAUUCAUUUCCGAGACACAAUUCUGUCAUAAUAACGCCCUCCGCAUCGAUUUGGGUGCUUUCCAAUUAGACAGAAACGAUUUUGAUUAUUCCGAAGGACCUUCAUCAUUAGUUAAUGAAACUAAUUGUGUUCAUCUUCCAACCAAUUUUAAUAAUAACUAUACUUUUAUUAAUAAGAAUAAUUUAAAUGAUGAUGAUAGUAAUAAUAAUAAUAAUAAUAUUAAUAAUAAUAUAUUAAGAGUUGGAGAAAAUUUACCGGAAGGCUUUAGUAUUGAUGAAUUAAAACCACGACAUUCGUUGAUGAAUAUGUUCAAGGAGGCUAAGGAGAAGGGAACCUAUUUAAAAGUACAAGCACCAAUGGUUCGUUAUAGUAAAUUAGCCUUUCGAUUGUUGUGUAGAGAGUAUGGAUGUGAUGUUGUUUAUACACCAAUGAUAAUGUCGGAUUGUUUUCAUAAAUCACAAAAAGCCAGGGAUUCGGAUUUUACAACACAUUAUUAUGAUAGCCCUCUUGUGGUUCAAUUUGCUGCUAAUAAUCCUACUGAUUUUAGUUUAGCUUGUCAAUUGGCAGCACCUUAUUGUGAUGGAAUUGAUUUGAAUUGUGGAUGCCCACAACCUUAUGUGAUGAAAGAAAGUUUGGGAGCUGCUUUGGUGACUAAACCUCAAAAGAUUUUUGAUAUGGUUCAUGAGGCCAAUAACAAAUUCAUUUCUGGAAUGAGUAGACCAAUUGGUGUGAAAAUAAGAUUGCAUCCUGAGGAUGAUACACUUGAAUUUAGAAAAACAAUAGAGCUUGCAAGACAAAUUGAAAUGGCUGGAGCAUCUUGGGUUACUGUACACGGAAGAACACAUAAACAAAGAACAAAGAAUACCAAAGUCAAUCCAGAUGGACCUAAAACAAUCAAACAAAUCCUAAACGUACCAGUAAUGCAUAAUGGUGAUAUUUUUACUUUGGGAGAUUCAGAUCGUUUUGCUAAAGAGACAGGAUGUGAUGGUGUAAUGAGUGCUCGUGGAUUAUUAUCUAAUCCAGCAUUAUUCAGUGGAUAUGAUUAUGUACCUUUUGAGUGUAUUCAAAGAUAUUUACAAAUAGCUAUUCAAAUAGGAGGAGUUCCGUUCCAUAUUUUACAACAUCAUAUUAUGUUUAUGCUCUAUUCUCACCAUCAAUUUUUAUCUGCAGAUGUUAUAGAGUUUUCAGAAUGCACAAGUGUGGCAUCAAUUUUAGAUUUCUUCGAAGAGAGAGGACUCCAAGUUUAUUAA